AUGCUUCAUCACAACAGUACUCUGUUCCACCCUUCUUCUUUUUAUCUGAUGGGGAUUCCAGGGCUUGAAGAAUCACACAUCUGGAUUGGCUUCCCAUUCUUUGCAGUGUAUCUAAUAGCCCUCCUAGGAAACAUCAUUAUCCUUUUCGUGAUCAAGACCGAACGCAGCCUACAUCAGCCCAUGUUCUAUUUUCUGGCCAUGCUGGCCUGCACUGACCUUGGCCUAUCUACAGCCACCAUUCCCAAAAUGCUGGGGAUUUUCUGGUUCAAUCUCAGGGAAAUUGUGUUUGGUGCUUGUAUCACACAGAUGUACAUCAUUCAUAUAUGUACUGGGCUAGAGUCUGUGGUGUUGACUGUCAUGGCCAUAGAUCGGUAUGUUGCUAUCUGUAACCCACUGAGAUAUAGCAUGAUCCUCACUAAUAAGAUAAUAGCCAUCCUGGGUAUAUUCAUUAUAGUAAGAACUUUGGUAUUUGUGACUCCAUUCAUAUUUCUCAUCCUGAGAUUGCCCUUUUGUGGUAUCCAAAUUAUUCCCCACACCUAUUGUGAACACAUGGGUUUGGCAAAAUUGGCUUGUGCAAGUAUCAGGAUCAAUAUUAUCUAUGGAUUAGUUGCUUUCUCAGUGGGGUACAUUGACCUUUGUGUGAUUGGGUUUUCCUAUGUCCAAAUCCUUCGAGCAGUCUUUCGCCUCCCAUCCUGGGAUGCUCGGUUCAAAGCACUCAGCACAUGUGGAUCACAUGUCUGUGUCAUGUUAGCUUUUUACUUACCUGCACUGUUCUCCUUCAUGACACACCGUUUUGGUCAUAAUAUUCCCCAUUACAUACAUAUUCUUCUGGCUAACCUAUAUGUGAUUGUUCCACCUGCACUUAACCCUGUAAUUUAUGGGGUAAGGACAAAACAGAUAAGAGAUCGAGUAGUACAAAUGUUUAACCUUAAAAGAUAUUGA